AUUGCUGCGCAACUUGACACCGGUGCGCUCUUCUUUUGAAUCCAUGAAGACAGCCUCCCGACAACCUACCUGAUUCCACUGCAGGUCCUGUCGACUACGCAGGGAAUACACCUGAUCUGAUCCUGCCUCCUGGUUUUGUGUUGCACCAAACACGUGCGCGCUCUGUUCCGGUGUGGACGAGCAGUCAGGAUGAUCCCAGUGGGAGAAUUCCGAAACAUCGGCAUUGAGCAGAACUCCAAGUACCGCGUCCUCAAGCCGUGGUGGGAUGUUUUCUCCGAGUACCUGUGUGUCGCCAUGCUCAUGAUCGGAGUCUUUGGCUGCACCCUGCAGCUCACCCAAGACAAAAUCGCUUGCCUGCCGAGUCCAUUGACCAGUCCGACGCCCAGCGCCAUCGACUGCAGCCACAUCCGCAACUACGGCAAGAACCAGACGUGGGAGAGCCUCAAUAUAAAGCCAAGCCAUCCCGUCAUACGGGAGGUGCUCGGUCGCAAGAAUGACCUGGACAUCCACCAGUAUGUCUUCAUCAACCAUUACUGCUACGAGCGCUUUGUGCACUGGUAUGCGAAAUACUUCCCAUACCUGGUGGUGAUCCACACCAUGAUUUUCAUGGUAACCAGCAGCUUUUGGUUCAAGUUCCCCGGGACGUCCUCCAAACUGGACCUCUUUGUCACCAUCCUGGGAAAAUGCUUCGACUCCCCCUGGACCACCAGGGCCUUGAGUGAGGUUUCUGAGGAAAGGGGCGAGGAAAAGUUGGUCAGCUGGAGGAGAAACACCGUAUCCAAAGAUCCCACGGAGAGACGAGCCGACGAGGAGGAGACCACCUUGCUUCAGCGGUCCACCUCCUGCAGGUCUAAUCCAGAUAAGAAGACUCAAGAGUCUCAGUCGGCGCCGUCCGUGUUGGACAAAAAAGAAGGAGAGCAGGCGAAGGCCCUGUUUGAGAAAGUGAAAAAGUUCCGAACUCACGUGGAGGAGGCGGACAUCUUGUACAUUAUGUAUGUGCUGCAAACGUCCCUCAAGGUCUUCAAGUUUCUUUUAAUCAUCACCUACACCGCGGCACUGUCUCCAAACAUUGAGAUUGUGGUACGCUGUUUGGUUCCACCCGAGCUGACCGGUUUUGAUAUUUUCUGCUGUAACCACAACAAAGCUCACCUCUUCUCCAAACUGGCCUAUUGCUACAUUUGCUUUGUGGCCGUCUACGGGAUUUUGUGCAUCUACACGCUGUACUGGCAGUUCCACCGCCCAUUGAGGAUCUACUCCUUUGAGCACGUCAGGCUAGAGACGGGCAUCAACGACAUACCGGACGUGAAGAAUGAUUUUGCCUUCCUGCUCCACCUGGUGGACCAAUACGACGACCUCUACGCCAAACGAUUUGCUUUCUUUCUGUCCGAGGUGAGCGAGAGCCGACUCCAUCAGCUCAACCUCAACUACGAGUGGACCGCCAAAAAGCUGCGCGCCCGGCUGGCUAAGAACGCCAAUGACCGACAGGAGCUCCACCUGGUUCUGUUGCCGGGACUUCCCGAUACGGUUUAUGAGCUGCCGGAGAUCGAGUCGCUGAAAUUGGAGCAGGUUAAAAAUGUCUCCAUUUCGCCCAGCGUGGCUAAGCUCGAGAGUCUUCAGGAUCUGUCGCUGAUAUACUGCCAGGCUAAGGUCCAGCUGCCCGCUUUAAACCACCUCAAAGAACAUUUGAAGUACCUGCGCCUGAGCUUUCAAAGUCUAGAUGAGGUCCCUGAAUGGAUGUACCACCUGCAAAGGCUGGAGGAGCUGCAUCUGAACGGCCCGCUUACCAACGAAGUGGCUCGAAGUGCCACCCUGGACUCCCUUCGAGAGCUUGCAGCCCUGAGGACCCUCACCCUGCGCUCCAACCUGACGAAGAUCCCGGCGAGCAUCUGCGACGUCGCGCAGCAGCUGCAGCGUUUGAGCAUCUACAACGAAGGCACCAAGAUUCAAGGCUACAGCAGCCUGAAGAAGCUGACCAACUUAGUCUCGCUGGAGCUGGUGGGCUGCGAGUUGGAGCGUAUCCCGAGCGCCGUCUUCAGCCUGAGCAACCUGCAGGAGUUGGAUUUGAAAGAAAACAAGCUGACCACCGUGGAAGAGAUCCUGAGCCUGCAGCACUGCCAGCGGCUGGCGACGCUGCGCCUGUGGCACAACAAGAUCACCUACAUCCCCGAUCACAUCAGCAAGCUGCACAUGCUGGAGACUCUGGACGUCAGCUGGAAUAAACUGCGGAAGCUGUCGCCGCGAAUGUUCUACUGCACCAAGCUGAGGCACCUGGACGUCUCGCACAACCAACUCACCGCCAUCCCACCCGAGGUGGGCAUCCUGCAGGGCCUCCACUUCUUCUCCGCCGCAUUCAACUCGUUAGAGACCCUACCGGAUGAGCUGUUCUCCUGUAAAAGACUGAAGACUUUGAUUCUCGGAAACAACUGUUUGUUUUACCUGAGCUCCAGGGUGGCCAACUUGGCCCAACUCAUCCGACUGGAGCUCAAAGGAAACCGCCUGGACGCUUUACCUGUGGAGGUAGCCGAUUGUCCUCUGUUGACAACCAGUGGGCUCGUCGCGGAGGAAAACCUGCUGGAGUUGUUACCAUCGCACGCGCGCACGAGGUUGACUAGUAGCUGAGUCGAUUCAAAACUAGUAGCUGAGUCGAUUCAAAAGUCCAACUUGACUCAUUAGGGAUGGAUUUACACAGCACAUACAUGCGCCCAAUUAUUUCAUGGAUAGCGUAGCGGCGUACACCUGAUUUUUCCGUUCGAAGGUAAGGGUGUCCCAUGCACACACAUGGCACCAUGACGCCCGAGGCUGCGGUUCGAGGAUCGACUUUGUGGGUGGAGUUGUCAACUGAAUGGCAAUCUGCCACCUGCAAAAUCUCAAAUUGAAAAAGAAAUUUCUGUUUUCACAUGAUUUGUUUGAUUUUUUUUUUUUUUCACCUAGUAAUAUUAUGACUUUGUUUCAAGAAAAUGUUAUCGUUAUUUUCAAAACAUGACAACUUUUCGACCCAAAAAGGAGGCAUUUUAUGAACACUAGAAAGAGCCAGCCUGCAUUUUUUUUUUUUUUGUUUGUUGUGGGAGGCAAUGGGAUUGGGCCAUCGAAUUGGGUCACUUGAACCUUGAAGUGUGAAUCUUGAAAUGACCCGAGGGGGGUAAAUAAGCUUUUUUUUAAAUUUUCUGUUGAUAUAUUAUUUACGUUUUUCUUAACCACACACACACACACACACACACACACACACACACACACUAUAUGUACCAAGCAAGUAUCAUACAACUUUGUCGCUUCCAAAAGGUGAGGAAAUCCAUACUUUAAACUUAUGUUGAAAUUUGUCAUUUGUAAUGUAAAAUAUGAUUAUUUCUGUCCAAAAAGUGUCACGUUUGUUUCAAUGUCAAAUGGCCAUAAUAUUGUGACUGGUUAUUUGUUUACAGUUUGAAAUGCCCCAAAAGUUGCCUCGAUGUGAUACAAGAGUGAAACACAGUGUUCCGAUUGUUUUGUGCCUUUCUUUGCAACAGCUAAGCACAGUUUUUAACUGCGUAGGGUCUUUUGGGGGUUGAGGGGGCAAUGAGUGUUUCCCACAGUGUCACAUUGCCGCCUUUCAGGUGGCAAACAAGCGGAGUGGAACCGUGAAGGGAGCUUUUCUUUGCAUGACAUAAUACACGAUGUGUUCUUCUGUUCAACCGGGCAGAGCAACACCGAAUUCAUACUGUUCAAAAAAAAAAAA